AUGUCGGGAUAUCCGGGUUACAAUUCUGGCCGCUACGGCCCGCCGCAGCCCCAAUACCACCAACAACAGCCUCAGGGCAAUUAUUACCCACCGCAACCUUCUUACGGUGGUGGCUACCCGCAAGGCCAACCCUCUCCUCAACCGCCAUAUGGCUACCAGAACAAUGCCCCCCCUCAACAACAGUACUACCAAGGAGCUCCUCCUCAACAGCCGCAGUAUGGCCACUACCAAGGACCUCCCCAGCCCAACUUCAAUUCGCGACCCGGUAUCCUUCCAGGUGCUCCUCCUCCCCCUCCUACAGCCCCCCAGCAAUUCGGUCAUGGCGCUCCCAAUAGUUACAACUUCAGAUACUCAAAUUGCACCGGCAGGAGAAAAGCUCUGCUUAUCGGAAUCAACUACUUCAACCAGCGCGGACAGCUGCGCGGCUGUAUCAACGAUGUUCGCAACAUGACGGCCUACCUCUCGGAAAACUUCGGCUAUAAGCGUGAGGAUAUGGUGAUCCUUACCGACGAUCAGCAGAACCCCAUGAGCCAGCCUACGAAACAAAACAUUCUUCGAGCGAUGCAUUGGUACGAGCUAUACUCUGGAGGCCUUGAGCUCUCCCGCGUCCCUGGAGUUUCACUAAUUGUUGCAGGUCAUGGUGGUCAGACAAAGGAUCUCGAUGGUGACGAAGACGACGGCUACGACGAGGUCAUUUACCCCGUUGACUUCCGACAAACUGGCCACAUUACCGACGACGAGAUGCACCGCAUUAUGGUUCGCCCUCUACAAGCUGGAGUGCGCCUGACAGCAAUCUUCGACUCUUGUCACUCCGGCACCGCCCUCGAUUUGCCCUACAUCUACUCGACACAAGGUAUCCUCAAGGAGCCUAACCUGGCCAAGGAGGCUGGGCAGGGCCUGCUCAGCGUCAUCUCUUCGUACAGCCAGGGCGAUCUCGGAGGUGUGGCCAGCAACAUCUUCGGCUUUAUCAAGAAGGCCGCCAAUGGUGACGAUGCUCGUGAGCGCACCAUGAGGACGAAGACAUCCCCUGCCGAUGUUAUCAUGUGGUCCGGCAGUAAAGACGAUCAGACUUCUGCCGAUGCUACGAUCGCCUCUCAGGCUACUGGUGCCAUGUCUUGGGCCUUUGUCAGUGCGCUUAAGAAAAGCCCCCAGCAGAGCUAUGUCCAGCUAUUGAACAGCAUCCGAGACGAGCUGGCGACGCGCUACUCUCAGAAGCCUCAGCUGUCAUGUAGUCACCCUCUUGACACAAACCUGUUGUUUGUAUUGUAA